AUGCCGCAAGCCUCCGAGGGUGAAAUAUGCCAGGCGGUCCUAGGAUUCGUCACUGAAGGCGCCUACCCCGAGGAGAAGGUGGUGGCCGCCGAAUUCCCGGCCGCAGCUCUGGCGAAAGAGUUGGAGCUCAUCUCACAAGCCCGAGAGCAAGUAGAGAACGAGAUCAGCUCCCUCAGCCGUGAGAACACCUUCGAUGCCGACGAUUGGAUCAUCCAAGCGAAGCAGUUGCACGCGGAUAUCGAGCGCUCGAGAGUCACCGCGCGGGAAAUUGUCUCCCAACAUGAACAGACUAGUCCGCUCCGAGAAAAAGUUGAGGAUGCCAGCGCGAAAGUGGCUUUGAUUGAGACCGAAAUCGCCUUUAACCAGACCGUUGCAGAAACACUGGAGGAGGUGCAGCGACUAUGCCAGCAGCUGGAGUCUGGACAUUCAACUUUGGCGACUGGCAACAUUACUGCCGCCAUUGAACAGCUGGAGUCAACCAAGACAGCUAUCGAAGCAGACAGUCCAUUUUCAAACACCAAUGUGAUGGGUAUACUUUCUGGCGAGGUAACACGAUUCCGGGAGGAGAUUGAGGAAGCACUGCGACGGCGCUGGAGCAACCAAGUCAAGAUUGAUCGUGGAAAGGGCGAGUUCCGCAUCGCCGACGGCACGGAUUCCUUGGAUGAGACCAUUGCAUCGCUCUCACAACUGGGCAUUUUCUCAUCCGUGAACGAGAAAUUCCUGAAUGACCUUACCACGGCAGUCAUCGACCCGAUCUUGCUGCCUCGUGCAGACGGUAGUAGUCGUGCUAUCGAAGUGACAGAAACAGGUAUCCGCAUCGAGUCUGCGUUUUCCAGGACAACUGUCGCAGACACACUCAGUCGCAUUACGGAUAUUCUUAACUACCUAAGGCAAAAGCUUCCAUCUUCAAUGUUAGUUACCCUUCCACAAUCCUUGAUCCCCGCUGUCGCUUCGAAGGCGAUAGCAGGAUGGCUGUCCUCAGCAAUCCCAACCACCCUGGAUGGCUUGGAGGAAUUUGAAAACACAUUGGAUUGUGUUCUGCAUUUCACCAAAACAAUCCAGUCCUGGGAGUGGAGUGGCCAGGAAGAACUAGUCUCCUGGGUAACUCAAGCGCCUCGGUUGUGGUUGACCCGGCGCCGGGUUGAUUCGCUUGAUAGCGUGCGAAAAGCAAUUGCUGCGAGCAAGGGUACAACCAAGCAAGUUGAGAGAAUCGAAAAGGAGAAGGUUUCUCAGGCUGAUGAGGCUCUUCUGGAGAAUGCCACAAUCGAUGAUUGGGAUGCGGACUGGGAUGACGAGAAGGAAGAAGUCCCCGCUGCCUCGUCGGCCGCCCAGCCCGAAGAGGACGAAGAAGAUGUCAGUGCUUGGGGCCUUGACGAGGAUGACAAUGAAGUGCCAACCAAGCCAGAUGUGCCUGACGCACCUGAAGAAGAUGAUGCCGAUGAUGCCUGGGGCUGGGGCGAUGAUGACGAAGAGGAGAAGGGCAACGAGAACAAGAAGCCUCCGGUUAUCACAGAAAAGAAGCCCACAGGCGGACAAAAACCGGCCAAGUCUUCGUCUUCGAAGGAAGUCGUUCUUCGAGAAGUUUACACGGUCACCGAUAUUCCCGAUUCUAUUCUUGAUAUUGUGCUCCAGCAGAUCUUCGAUUCCAAAGAUAUUACCCAACCUCCGCAUUCCAAAUCUCGCGUGGCUUCAUCUGGUGCUGGUCUACUUGCACUGCCUACGUUGAUCUUGGCCAUGUUCAAGGCCACUUCAUCGGCCUUUUACUCAUUGAAGCUUAAUUCGGGGCAGAUGUAUCUUUACAAUGAUAGCCUGUACCUGGCUGGUCGUGUUCGAGAGCUUAUAGAGGAGUAUGAGCUUUCUAGGCUCAAUCCCGACGUUGAAGCCCUGGAGAAAUUUGGAAAACUAGCUUAUAGCAAGGAGAUGCAAACCCAAAGCACCAUUGUUAGCGACCUCCUCGAUGGUACUCAAGGUUUUGGACAAUGCUCCGAUCAGCCUUACAAAUCAGAGUGUGAAAAUGCCGUCAGUGCAACGGCUGAUCGAAUUCGUGAUGUCUACAAGGAAUGGCAACCCAUCCUAUCGCAUUCCGCACUGCUCCAGUCUAUUGGAUCUCUCUUGUCGACGGUAAUUGGUAAGAUUAUCAUGGAUGUUGAGGAUCUCGGUGACAUCUCUGAAGACCAGUCCAAACAACUGGUCUCGUUCUGCAAUCAAGUGUCUAAAUUGGAGGAUCUUUUCAUGCCUGAAACUGCAGCUGAUUCAGAAGCGGUCCCUGUCACCGCUAUCUAUGUCCCGAAUUGGCUUCGGUUCCAGUACCUGAUCAACAUUCUAGAGAGCUCAUUGGCAGACAUCAAGUUCUUGUGGGUAGAAGGCGAACUGGGUCUAGAAUUCUCCAUGGACGAGGUGAUCGACUUGAUUGUCGCACUGUUUGCAGAGUCUGACUAUCGCCGACGGGCCAUCGCAGAUAUUCGACGAGCACCUCGGGGAUGA